CCACCCUGUGUCCCCCCCCGUCCCCGCAGCUUCACCAUCUGCCACAAGACAGAGGUGGUGAGGAACACGCUGAACCCGGUCUGGCCGGCCUUCGCCAUCCCCGUGCGCGCCCUCUGCAACGGCGACUACGACCGGGCCAUCAAGGUGGAGGUGUACGACUGGGACCGUGACGGCAGCCACGACUUCAUCGGCGAGUUCACCACCAGCUACCGGGAGCUGGCGCGGGGGCAGAGCCAGUUCAACGUCUACGAGGUGGUGAACCCGCGGAAGAAGAUGAAGAAGAAGAAGUACCUCAACUCGGGGACGGUGACGCUGCUGUCCUUCGCCGUGGAGUCCGACCACACCUUCCUGGACUACAUCAGGGGCGGGACCCAAAUCAACUUCACGGUGGCCAUCGACUUCACCGCGUCCAACGGCAACCCCUCGCAGUCCACCUCGCUGCACUACCUGAGCCCCUACCAGCUCAAUGCCUACACCAUGGCGCUCAAGGCGGUGGGCGAGAUCAUCCAGGACUACGACAGUGACAAGAUGUUCCCGGCGCUCGGCUUCGGCGCCAAGAUCCCUCCGGACGGGCGCGUGUCCCACGAGUUCCCGCUGAACGGCGACGCGGCCAACCCCUCGUGCAGCGGCAUCGAGGGCAUCCUGGAGGCCUAUCACCGGAGCCUGCGCAGCGUCCAGCUCUACGGCCCCACCAACUUCGCUCCCGUGGUCAACCACGUGGCGCGCUCGGCCGCGGCGGUGCCCGACGGCUCCCAGUACUUCGUGCUCCUCAUCAUCACCGACGGCGUCAUCUCGGACAUGGCGCAGACCAAGGAGGCCAUCGUCAACGUGAGUCCUGCGCCGCGGGGCUGGGGGGGGUGCAGUGCCCAGCUGGGUGCGUGGGGUGCCCCAAAACGCUGGGGUGAGGCUGGGUGCACGGGCUGGGGACAGGGGGUGCCCCAAAGCACCAGG